GGCGGGCAGGAGGGGGCGCGAGCCGCGGCCGGUGGCGGCAGCGGACCUCGGGCCCUCAGCGCCCGCCUGAAGCCGGCGGCGGGCACGGGAAGGAGGCGGAGCGGCGCGGAGCUGCCCCUUGCCGGCGAGCCCGGCGCGGGGGGAGGUGUGUGGUGGAGGAAGGCGCUGGCAGCACGAAGGGGCCGAGCUGCUCCACUCCGGCGACGAGUGGAGACCUGAGGAAAGGAGGCCGGGCUGGGCCGGGAGCUGCCUGGCGCGGUGGAAGCUCGGGAAGGGAGGCGGAGGAGGGAGAGCACCUUUCCCCGGCUCGGAGAAGGGCCUCCGCAUCGGUCUCGCCCGUGGAGGAGAGCCAGGUAUCGUCGCAGCUGGAACCAUCGAAGAGGGGCCUCACCUUUGUCGAGGUGGCUGGGGGUAGCGUCACUUUUGUGGUGGGGGGCCGAGGGUGCGCGGUAGAACCCCCCCGGCGGGGCAGACAGAGGGGCUAAGAUGCAGCCGCAGCCCUCGUCCUGAGCAGAGCGGGUCGCGCCUCCCCGCGGAGGGACUGAGGGGAUCGUCGCCGCAUUCCCAGGAGCGUGAGGCAGCAAGCAGAGGCGGCGAGAGGACAGAAACCUUUAAAGGGAUGGGUCGCGGCUCAGCCGUGAGACCGUAGAGCUCAUUAUCCGUACCUCGCUUAGCUCACGGGGGCUGCUCUGACUGACAUUGCUGUAGACGCAGGCUUGCGUCUGGAUAUGUUUCCGUCUCAACCGGGCUGUUUCUUCGAUAUCGUAAAGCUGCGUGGGAAAUAAGCUUGGCUCCCGGCUGGCUCGGAGCGUGCCGCCGUCCCUCGGCGCGGGGAGAUGCCUCGGGGCUGGGAGACAGGAGCAGGCGCUUCCCCAGUGUCCGCGGAGCGGUGCCGGCUCCCGAGACAUGAAGGCUGGCGGCUGUAAUGGAGUAAGAGCGAAGACGGCUCCUCUCAUCUGCCAUUUGCCCUUCCAGACGGGAUUGUAAACGGAGAGAGUCUGGAAAGCUCUGCGAAAGAAGGAAGAAAUUCCUCUCGUCGGGGGAUUUUUUUUUUCUUCCCGCCGCCCCCCCCCCCCUUUUUUUUUUUUUUUCUCUCGUUCUGCCUUGCUCCCUGGCUUCCCCAGGUAUGACUGCCUCACUGCAGCACCUUGUGCUGGUGCUCUCGCUCUUCAGUGCCACCCUGCUCAGCACUGCGGCUGCUGCCCAGAGUGAGGAGCGUCUGUGUGCAUUUAAGGACCCAUAUCAACAGGACCAUGGAAUCAGUGAGAGCCGAAUCUCCCAGGAGAAUGGUACGAUUUUGUGCAUGAAAGGUAGUACCUGCUAUGGACUUUGGGAAAAAACACGAGAAGGGGACAUCCAUCUUGUAAAACAAGGUUGCUGGUCUCAUAUAGGAGACCCACAGGAGUGUCACUUUGAGGAGUGUAUAGUUACAACCACCCCUUCCUUGAUUCAGAAUGGAACAUAUCGCUUCUGCUGCUGUAGUACAGACUUGUGUAAUGUCAACUUCACAGAAAAUUUUCCACCUCCUGACCCUACUGAUACAACACCUUACAAUUCUUCUCAUUCUUUCCAUCGAGAUGAGACUAUAGUUAUUGCCCUUGCAUCUGUGUCUGUACUGGCUGUCCUGAUUGCUGCUCUGUUCUUUGGAUACAGAAUGCUUGCAGGAGACCGUAAACAAGGUUUGCACAGUAUGAACAUGAUGGAGGCAGCAGCAUCAGAGCCCUCAUUGGAUCUGGAUAAUCUAAAGUUGUUGGAGUUGAUUGGCCGGGGACGCUAUGGAGCAGUGUAUAAAGGUUCCCUAGAUGAACGUCCAGUUGCUGUGAAAGUGUUUUCUUUUGCUAAUCGUCAGAACUUUGUCAAUGAGAGGAACAUUUACAGGAUUCCACUAAUGGAACAUGACAACAUUGCCCAUUUCAUUGUGGGGGAUGAGAGGUUCACUGCAGAUGGCCGUAUGGAAUAUUUACUGGUGAUGGAAUAUUACCCCAAUGGUUCUUUGUGCAAAUAUUUGAGUCUCCACACAAGUGACUGGGUGAGCUCUUGUCGUUUGGCUCACUCCAUAACUAGGGGCUUGGCAUAUCUGCACACGGAGCUACCUCGAGGAGACCAUUACAAACCUGCAAUAUCCCAUCGUGACUUGAACAGCCGCAAUGUACUGGUAAAGAAUGAUGGAACAUGUGUAAUUAGUGAUUUUGGACUCUCCAUGAAGUUAACUGGAAACAGACUGGUACGCCCAGGUGAGGAAGAUAAUGCAGCCAUUAGUGAGGUUGGUACAAUUCGCUAUAUGGCCCCAGAAGUGCUUGAAGGAGCAGUGAACUUGAGGGACUGUGAAUCUGCUUUGAAACAAGUAGAUAUGUAUGCGCUAGGCCUUAUCUACUGGGAGAUAUUUAUGAGAUGUACAGACCUCUUCCCAGGGGAAUCUGUGCCAGAGUACCAGAUGGCUUUCCAGACGGAAGUUGGAAACCAUCCCACUUUUGAAGAUAUGCAAGUCUUGGUGUCUAGAGAAAAGCAGAGACCAAAAUUCCCAGAAGCAUGGAAGGAGAACAGCCUGGCUGUGAGGUCACUUAAAGAAACAAUUGAAGACUGUUGGGAUCAAGAUGCUGAAGCUCGACUAACAGCACAGUGUGCUGAGGAGAGGAUGGCAGAACUCAUGAUGAUUUGGGAGAGGAAUAAAUCAGUUAGUCCAACAGUCAACCCUAUGUCAACUGCCAUGCAAAAUGAGCGGAAUCUGUCACAUCAUAGGCGUGUAUCAAAGAUAAGGCCAUAUCCAGAUUACUCUUCCUCUUCCUACAUUGAAGAUUCAAUCCACCACACUGACAGCAUAGUGAAGAACAUUUCUUCUGAACAUUCAAUGUCCACUACACCACUGACUUCAGGGGAAAAGAACAGAAACUCCAUUAACUAUGAGCGGCAACAGGCACAAGCUCGCAUCCCUAGUCCUGAGACAAGUGUCACCAGUUUGUCCACCAAUACUACCACUACCAAUACAACUGGCCUCACUCCUAGCAUUGGCAUGACCACCAUAUCUGAAAUGCCUUAUUCGGAUGAAACAAACUUACAUACUACAAAUGUCAUGCAGCCAGGUGGGCCCACCCCUGUUUGUCUCCAGCUAACAGAGGAGGACUUAGAAACAAAUAAAUUGGAUCCAAAAGAAGUGGAUAAGAACCUGAAAGAAAGCUCUGAUGAGAAUCUGAUGGAACAUUCACUUAAGCAGUUUAGCGGGCCAGAUCCACUCAGCAGCACUAGUUCCAGCUUGCUUUAUCCGCUGAUAAAACUAGCAGUAGAGGUGACAGGACAACAGGACUUCACACAAGCUGGCAAUGGUCAAGCGUGUUUAAUUCCAGAUGUCCCAUCUACUCAGGUGUAUCCUCUACCCAAGCAACAGAACCUUCCAAAGAGGCCUACUAGCCUCCUCCUAAACACCAAAAAUUCAACAAAGGAGCCACGGUUAAAAUUUGGUGGCAAGCACAAAUCAAACUUGAAGCAAGUGGAAACAGGUGUUGCCAAGAUGAACACUAUCAAUGCUGCAGAACCUCAUGUCGUGACAGUUACUAUGAAUGGAGUGGCUGGGAGAAGCCACAGCAUAAACUCUCAUGCUGCCACAACCCAAUAUGCCAACGGCACGGUGCUGACUGGCCAGACAGCCAGUUCAGUAGCGCAGAGGGCACAGGAAAUGCUUCAGAACCAGUUCAGUGGAGAGGAUAUUCGGCUGAAUAUUAAUUCAAGUCCUGAUGAGCAUGAACCCUUGUUGAGGCGGGAGCAGCAGGUUGGCCAUGAUGAAAGUGUACUGGACCGCCUUGUUGACAGGAGAGAGCGACCACAGGAUAAUGGCCGCACAAACGCCAAUAAUAACAACAGUAAUCCGUGUCCAGUGCAAGACACCACCACAGUCACUAUCCAGAACAUAGUGAGAAAUCCUGGGCAGACCCAGACUAGAAGAGCACAGAGGCCUAAUUCGCUGGAUCUAUCAGCCACAAGUAGUUUGGAUAGCAGUAGUAUGCAGUUAGGUGACUCCUCACAGGAUGGCAAAUCGGGCUCAGGAGAAAAGAUCAAGAAACGUGUGAAAACUCCGUACUCGCUGAAGAGGUGGCGUCCUUCAACGUGGGUCAUCUCUACGGAGCCGCUGCACUGUGAGGUCAACAACAAUGGCAGCGAGCGGGCUGGCCCCUCCAAGUCCAGCACCGCCGUUUACCUUGCAGAAGGAGGCACUGCCACCACCAUGGUAUCUAAGGACACGGGAGUGAACUGCCUGUGAAAUACUUCAGAAGUCAACAAAUGACCUUUUUUUGUGUUAUUUGAACCAAACAUGCAGAAGAUAUUUUAAAAAAACCUGCUUUCUCCUCCUGUCAGCAACCCCUACCAAGGACUCGCUUUAAAUAGAUUUCAGCUAUGCAGAAAAUUUUUAGCUUAUGCUUCCAUAUUUUUUUAUUUUGUUUUAUUUUUUGAAUGGUUUUUGCACUUUUGUUUCAUAUCGCUAAAGUUAAGUCUGUCUGUUUUGACCACUGAAUAUAUAUAUGUGUAUCGAAAAUGUGGUCUCAAAAUAUUUUUUUAAAAAAAGUAACAAAAAAAAGUAUUGCUCAUAAUCAGUUUGGACCAGUUUCUUAAGGUCACUAAGAUCAUAAGCAGACUAUAAGACAGGUUUGACUGCAGUGGUGACUUGUAACCAUAGUUUGAUUUCUGUGCACAAGCUAGUCUGUAUAUUUCUAUGUUACAAAGUGUAUUCUCUUUUGAACUCCCUAUUUUUCUUGUCAUGUUGAAAUGUGCAAUAGUCUAUAGUUCACAGUAUGCAUAUUGAAAAGUGUUUCUAAAACUGCCACAUGUUCCCCUUUUUGUAAUUGUUAAUUUUUCCCUGACAGUUGAGCAGCCUUCGCAGACUGUAGCCAGCUUGAAGCAGCUGCCUAUAUCACAUUGUGCUCUGAGGUGACAAUGCAUGGGUUUUCCCCAACUUGAAAGAGCUUUUGAAAAGGAACACACACAAAAAAAUCUGAGCUCAGUACCUUUCCUUUGAUCUUUCCAAAUCAAAACAUGGUUCCUUUACCAUUGUAGAUGCCAGGGUGUGAAGUUCCUAGCAACAAAAUGUUGAACAAAUGUAAGGAAACAAUGUCAGCCACUUCUUCCAUUUUACUUUGUGCGCAGUUUCAUCCUCUCUAUUUAUGUAAAACCUUAUUUUGAUCGCUAAUGGUGUGUACACUGAAAAACACAUAUGAAUAACUACCAUAUUUAAAAGCUCUAGCGAAGAUAAGUUGUGAACUUAUUUUGUUUACACAAAGGAAAAAUCAGGAGUCUUAUUUGGCACAAAACAGUUUUGUGAUGAGUCAAUCUUUCCUGAUUUACCUUCUUACAGGCAGUCUGGGGUAGAAUCAGCCUGAUUACUUAAUCAGUUAGGUGCAUCCUAAUUGACUGUUGUUGCUGAGUUGAGUUGAAACUUGUCCUCCCCUCAGAGUUUUUAGAGACCCUCAUUCAUCAUGCUAAAAUUUAUUGCAUGCUUUUAAAAUCCAUGGUUAUGAGUUUUUGCAGGGGUGACUGGGGUUUUUCUUCACUCUCUGCUUAGACCCUUCCUUUUUUCAGUUUGCAGCACAUUGAUUUUAGGUGUCGGUGAACAAGAGUGUAAAGUCUAUUGAAGUAAACAGUAUUUUCACCAUCUCAAGUAAACCUUAUCUCUUUUUAGAAUUAUUGUUUUUACUGUCUACUGAAAGAAAACUAAUUUCCCUAUUGUUCAGGACCUCCUUCUGCCUAAGAAUUAUCCUCCAUCUGAGAAACACUCUUUCUGAUUUAAAACAUUUGAGUAAAAACUAUUUAGAUAAAAAAAUUGUCACACACAUCAGUCUUUGGUACCCAGUAAAGUUUUAUCACUUUAUCUGAAAACUGGUGAUGUUCAAAGAAAGAAAAUCUAUUCAGUCCACCUGCCAAACUCCCAUGGCAGGAUACUGUCAGUAACAAUUGCCUCCUCCAGCCCAUCUCCUUUCAGCUGGCUGAAAUAGAUGCUUCAGGCUUUCAAGCUCAUUUGUUUCCUUGAUGUUAUAUUAUUUUUUUCUCCCUGAGGUAAACUUUGCCAGUCUUCUGUAUCUGAUGAUAAAACUAGAAUAAUAUAUGCCUAGCUACGUCUGAUUCUUGCCAUUUCCCAUACUCCUUCAUUUAUGCUUGAUUGCUAUGAUUUGCUGUUCUAUUGCUUCUUAAUGUUUCUUAGAUUCUUUUAGAUAUCUCCAAGAGAUAACUCUAAAUCCACACUUUAAUGAAGUGUAGUUGUAGAAAUACAAGCCAUGAGACAUGUUUUGGGCUCCCUAUGUUCUUUAAGCACCAGUUCAAGCAGUACCUUUCAUCUCUGAGGUGUAAUUCUGUUAUCUGCCUGUAUAAAUACUCAAUUAUAUCUCCCCACUUAAAAAAUAGAGCCUUUCUCUGGUUUUACUUUUAAUCCGCUCUCCGGCUUCUCAUCUGCUGCAAUCUUAUGUCCCUGAUGUUGAAAACCUGCCAGUUGCUCAGCUGGAUUUCAAGACUUGAAUCAGAAUUUUUGGCAUUCUAUUCAUCAUUUUGGUUGUGAUUAUCUUCUCUUUUGGCCUCCUUUGAGUCUCCAUUUGAAGUACAAUAUAGUUUUGUGAUGGCUGCUGUAUCACACAUUUUGAAGAUGCUUCACUCCUUUCUCAAUGACUUUUUGCUUUGCCUUGCAUGUAUCUUCCUUCAGCAUUUCAGAAUGUGCUCUGGAAAGCGUAUUUAGGACACUCUUAUCUAACUUGAAACACUCUGGGGAGAGAACAGUUAUUUGCUCUAACUGCUGGUUCUUUCUUCUAAAACAGAUUUGCACCAGUCUUCUAGCCUUUCUUUUCAGGCCAGUCCUUUGUAAGAAAUCCAACUUUUUUGUGCUCAGUAGAAGAUGUUCUUCUGCAGUUUUCCUUAAACAUUCUUAAAGUAAACUUAACCAUUUCUUUUCCUUCAUCUAUUUCUGUUGCUUGCUGGAAGGCCUUUGGGAUGAAUUAUAAGUAGUAGAAAGUAGUAGCUUUGCAGUCUACCAUGGAUAAAUAUAAUUUAUAACAUGAUAGAAAUAUGUACUUUAUCAUAAAAUACCCUAUAGAUUAAAUAGAGAAAAACUAUUUCUUUUUAAAUGUCAGUCAAAACAAACUUUGAAGCAGGUACCAAGCUACUGUAAUUCUGCACAGCUAGAUGAGGUCAGAUCAGCAAUUUUGUUUUACUGAUACAUUCAGUAAUGUCCUCUUUUUGCUCACAAUACAUAAUCCAACCCCCAUAGAAUACUUCUCUGGAAGUUAAAUGAACUAUAUCUCAUACUAUGGGGAACCAUCCUUAGCCAAAUGAAAUACAUGUAAGAGAGCGAAUUCUACUGAUCAGACAAGUGGGUAAAUGUACUAUAAUCGGGGGAGACAAAUGUGUUUUAUUUCUUUGUGUUUGCUUCUUUUUUAAGAAAAAAGGAUAGUGAUGAAAGUUGAUAAUUUUCUAUCAAUUUCUCAUAUAUCUAUCACAGGCAAGAUAAAUAUAGCAAAAUGAAAAUAGAAUGAUAGUGUAAAUAUCUAUGAAUUGUGCCACUGUCAAAUAGGCAACAGUAGAAUAUUUGCUAUGGUAAUUUAUAAUGUGUAAUUCAAGUAAAAUGUUAGAGCAAACAUUUGUGAUGUUUGUAUAUAUAAGCCAAAAUCCAAAAUAUUCUUGGUUUUAGGCUAGCAGAAGCCAGAAGAGUUGCUUAGGUUAAUUCAUUGUCGCUUUUUCCAUUUCCUAUACUAGAGAUACUCACCAACACAAAAUGGUUUUUAGAACGUGAAUUCUAAUCAUUGAAACAGACAUGCCUCAUAGUCAGAAUUAUUUUCUUCUAAAAAUGAUAUUUACAAGUCAGAUUACCUGCAAUACUUCUCCUGAAUUUGCUUAUAAUGCUUUAUAGUUUCACGUGCUAAACAUUUAGUAUUAAAAAAGCCUUUCUCAAAACUGCAAGAUGCACUUAAAUGGCACAGCUGAAGGUAAAGGAAUUCCUAAUUUAAAAGAAAAGCAAUUGAUAUUGUCAUCAUUAGAAUAGUCUCAGAAACCAGUAACAUGUCUGGUUGUGUUUUGCUUUCUAACUACAGUUCAUUUUUGUCUGGUUUCCAUUUAGAAAAUUACCUUGUUUUCAAAGGCAACAUAGCUUCUUUUUUUUUUUUUUUUCAGUGCACUGGGGACAAAAAAAACAAUGCAAGAUGGGUGCUGGCAAGCUUCAUGAAACAAACAAAACAAACAAAACAAAUCCCACCUUAUAAAUAUGUUUAGAAAGUAUGUAUCUUCCUACCUGUCAGCUUUCUCUAAAAGCAGUCUUUGAUCCUACCUGCCUCAGAUAGGAGAACACAGGAGUUCUGUAUUUACAUGCAAGAGAUUAUUGGGCCAAUUUUAAUAAUAAUUAAUUGUUACUUUAUAUAUGUAUACAUUUUGUAUGCCGUAGUUUGUGUUCAGUGCAUUUUGCUCUAAUGAUAGUCUCUUUUUUAAAUGUUAACAAAAAAGUCAAUUAGAAUAACAUUACUAAGUAUGUUCAGACGAUAAUUUUCCUUCAUGAAGAAUAUUCAAAACAUCACAGCCAUUCUGCUUAAUGUGUUCUAUUAUAGAAGUUCCAGCCUAAUUAGGGAGAAUUGUUAAAUUCAUAUAUUUAGUCAGUACAAGAGAAAUUAAUUAUGCUGUAUAAAACUGAUGGCAGAUCCCAUUGCUGAAGUAGACUGGUUUGAAGUCAGAAAUAUAAUAACUGCCGAGUGCAGUAGCAUAUGCACGACUUGAUGUGAAACUGGAAAACUUAGAGCAGCUUAUCAAAGAGAAUUGCAAUGAGAUUGAUUAGUCUAUGGAAGCUGGAUUAUAGACUGGACAACAUAGUAUUUUCCAUAAAUUUGGAUAAUUUUUCUCCCUGAUCUUCCACUGUACAUUUUAACAGGUAAAUGUAUUAACCUUUUAUUUUACUCCUUUUUGUUCAGCUUUAAGGCUUUUCUCAGUGUUAAAAGCUACAUAUAUUGCAGUGAAGCCAAAUAUAUAUACAUUUUUAUGUAAACUCUGUAUUUAGAUUAAUAUGUACGUUGUGCAUAAAUUCCAGGAUUAAAUCUCUGAGUUAAAGCAUCAGAUGGUAGCACUGGUAGCACGUAUAAUGUUCUUUUUCAUAUGCCAUUUUUAAGUUGUCUUUAGUGCAUCACAGUAAAAUUGGGAUCAGACUGUGACACAUAAUUCAGUAGCGUUAGAUCUCCCAUAACAGACUUGUUAGGCAGAAUGAAUUUAUGACACAGAGAGAAAGAGAAAGCUGGGAAUGCACACAAGAAACUUUAUCUGAAGCUGACUAAUUUAAGGUACCUCCUCUAAAGAUCAAAAAAAUAACUCAAAAUACUUAAUACAUGAUAAUUUUCACAAAGCUUUUUUAUGUAGUAGCUAUAGUUAUGUGUGUGGUUUAAACAUAGUAUUUUAUAGUCCUUUAAAUCAAAUAACGUUUUAGGCUUCUAUAUUGAUUCUAUGAAAUACAUCCCUUUUUUGAUCCUGCUUACACAGGUUCACACAGUAGGUUCAGUUUUGAUGUGAAAUAGUAACAAAUCAGAAAUCCCAUUUUGAGGUUUCUCCUUUACAGACUGAAAUUGGUGGCAGAACUUACACUUCUGCAGAUAACAGGGUUAGGCACUCCUGCAAAUCACAGUGGGAGUUCUGCUUGGCACAAGUGUGUCUGAAGAAGUCACCAUUUGAUCGGCUUGAGCCGAAUGCCCUUGACAUCAAAGAGGAGUCUGCCGUGGGUUAUGAGCAAAGGAGGAUUGGGUUCUGCUAGCAGUGGUUUUAAAAACCUUUUAGGAGGAUUAGCCCUGGGAAAGCUACAAUGGAAUGUGGGAUGACGUGGGCAAGCACUGGCUACUGAGUCUGGAGGGGUGUUAGCUGGUGCCUCGGGUCAGUACUGGUGCAGCUGUGGUUAUUGUCAAGAAGUGUAACUGCACCAGUGGGAGUGGAAGGUUUCAAGAUAAAUCCUCAUUUAUACCAAAGCCCUUUUGUGUUGAUGUGGGCUUCAUGCAGGUCUGAGUUAGUGGCUGCUGUGGUGCAUUACUAAUAUGAAUUACUUUUUAUGGCCAUGUCUAUUUAUUUCACUGUGGUUUAAUAUACAUAUGUGCAUAAUAAGCAGGAAGUAGUGAGAGUUACGUUAACUUAUAAUGUAAUUGUCAGAUAUUUUUAAAAGCCUAUUGGUUGGCAGGUAUGUAUAUUUGCAAGUCGGUUGGUUAACUUCAAUGCAUAUGUCAUGCUGCAACAGAUGCAGUAACCGUCACAGUAAGGAGGGAUUUCUUCAAAUUUCAUGCAGGCUUCUGCAGAUACAUUACAGGAGCACACAUGCAUAUCCGGGUCGUAGCGUCUUGCCUGGUAACUACAUUAAAGCAAAGAUAAUUAGCCUUUAUAGCUUCCUAGUUUCAAGGUCUCCUAAAAGUAAAUUUUUGUAGCCCGUUACCUUUUUCUUUUUUUAAGAGAGGAAAAAUGUGAGUUUUUUCUAGAGCACUUGAUUCACUUUUUUUUUUUGUGCUUCAGAACUGUAUCAUGAAGUAUCACACUUCAAUCUUGUUUAUUCAAAAGGAAAUAAAGUAGCUAAUGUUUCUUUAGUUUGUAAAAAGUCACAAGAACAAAGAAACAGGCAAGUUCAAGUUCUAGCUGACUUUCAUUUGUCACUUUUGAAUUUCCUGAUUUGUGACUCCUCUCUCACACUGUUGAAAUGUAUUUAAAAAGGUUUGUAUGUAAUGUUUCUUGUCUGCUUUUUGUCUCUAAAGUGUGCUCUAUUCACAUUUAUAUAAGCUGGAAAACAUAUUUUACAAUCACUGUUGAUUAUUUCCCCCCCAAAUACAGUUCAAGAAGAAAGUGAACAUGAUAAAGACUGAUUUCUAGGAUUUGGUCUUUUGUAGAAGCCAAAAUGAGUUGUGAAACUGCCAUUUUCCUUAUGAAAGACUGUAAGAGCAUUACUUUCUGAGCGAGCUUUUCUGGGGAAAAGGGGGAGAAACCCUAGAAUAUGGAGAACCCUUUUGUUAAUGGGUGUUUUUGUUUUUUCUCUCGAAUGACUGAGGAAAUAUCAUGUAUGAAUUUAUAAAUAAUUGCUUUCAGUUAUUUCUUUUGCAUAAGCUUCCCAGUACCCUUGCUAUGCUGUAUAAGUUGUGUUUCAUGGAACAGUGUGAGUAUGAAGUAAAAAGCUAAUUUUUGGUUUUUAAUCAUCUGUGGAUGCCACUAUGAAAGCUGACAUUGUUUAAAGCCACUACAGAGUUUUCUAUGAAUACUUGUAAGAAUUGUUUUGUUAUAUAUAAACCUAAAUAAAGAGAUUGUAUUGAUACAGAGACAUUGGACAAGAACAUUUAAAAGGCUAUUCUUUAGGUCUAAAAGAAAAAGCUUGCUGUAAAAUGGUGCAUUAUUUCAUUUAUUAAAGAUCAUAUU